AUGUUGACCAUUGAAGCUUGGAAGUUCACCUCAGCUGCCGACAUUUGGGGGUUGCCUAUAGCUGGUUUAAUUGAUACCUACGGUGGAGGGGGGUACAUCGCAAACCUGGACGUGAAUAAAAUAGUAUCCACUGAAUCUCUGAAGGAACUCUUUCAUCAAAAAUGGAUCGAUCGGCACACAAGGGCCGUGUUUUUCGAGUUUACUCUUUAUAAUGUCGAUAUUAACUUGUUCGUGUACGUCAGUAUUGUGACAGAGUUCCCUGCAACUGGUGGAAUCAUAACGUAUUAUAACAUCUAUCCGUUCCGACCUACGCAGCACGUUGGUAAUGCAGGAGUGUUCAUCAUUGCGUGUGAAGUUUGUUUUGUACUGUAUAUUAUUAUCAGUUUAGUUUUGAUGGUGAUCAAGUUAACCAAGCAGAAGUUGCAUUAUUUUAAGGGAUUUUGGAAUGUAGUCGAGUUGACCAGUAUUAGUGUGUCACUAGGGGGAAUAAUCCUGUUUGUGAUCAGAGAUUCAGAAGCUUCUGGUGCCCUGGCUCUUUUUAAAGAAAACGAACGAGCUUUUGUUAAUUUUUAUCAUAUAGUGAUAUGGGAUUAUGCUUUCGUAUACGUAUUGGGCGUGGUUGUAACCAUAGCUACAUUGAGG